AUGUCCUCUAACCGAGGUAUGAGAGAAACGGGGGCCACAUGCGACUUCACAAGAGCUGAGGUUGUCGACUCGUGGGAAGACAGCGAAAGUGACGAUGAGGAAGCAGACGAACGCACACCUGCAUCGUGUGCGUCUGUACCAGUAGUGUCUGCUGAGCCGGCCGAGGGAUGGCUGCAGGCGGUUCUCUUGGAUUUUGAAAUGUUACUGAAGCAGUUCGAGGAGAAGUUCCGCAACGUCUGGCCAUAG